AUUUUGAGCCCUUCUCUUAUUUCGCGAAACGAUAGUUAGCUGUCUAUCUUUACGGGGCAGUAAGCCAGCAACCAAACAAAGCCAACACCGCCAGCAAAAACCCUAGUUGCCAUUCCUGUGCAGGCGUCCAAGUACCCCAUUACCAUCAAACAUCUCUAAGAUCUUUUUGUUCCCAAUAUUUUGUUUUUGAAUUUUUAUAUAACAGAUUUCUUUCACCAUCUAUUUUGUUCUCCAUGUCAACCAUCGCAAUGCUUCGUGAUCAUCCGGUGAUCUAUUAUUUUAGUUAUUGAAUGCUUGAGAUUUAUCAGGGGUUUUAGUUCUUUGCUGGGUUAGUACUAUUUUAGCAGUUACUUUGAGCUGUGGGUCGUUUUGCUAUGGUACCGUACUUGGAUUUGUCACCAUCUCCAUGAAGGGUAGAGAUUUUAAUCAAAAACCCAACUUCGAACCUGGGGUUCCUAAUAGAAAACUUGAUCAUCUUCAAGUAGAGAAUUUUGGGUAUCUAACUAGGCCUACAUAUGGCGUGGGGUUACAGAUGACCCUUUUUUCAUUCACAACUCGUGCCUCAAGGGUUCGAGCCGCCUCCAAGAUUUUCAUUCCUCAUUAUCACAUGCAAUUUCACGGAGGAUCUCACCCGCAAGGCAAUAAAGAGGUAAAGCUAGUGCAAAAGCACGAGGCUUGGUUCGUUAAGGUUGUGUGCACUCUCUUUGUUUGUUCACAACCUUUGGAUAAUGGCUUUUUGGGUUAUUUGAGCAAGAAUUUGACUCCUUUAGUUGAAUUUGAAGUUGUUAAAAGGUUAAACAAUCCGACAUAUGGGUUGAAGUUUUUCGAGUUCAGUAGGGUAAAUUUUAAUAUUACUCAUUCUUUUUGGACAUAUAAUUUGCUUAUAAGGUCAUUUUGUCAUAUGGGUCUACUUGACUCGGCUAAAUUAGUUUUUGAUUAUAUGAGGAUUGAUGAGCAUUUGGCUGAUAGUACUAUGGUAGGAUUUAUGGUUUCGGCUUUUGGGAGGGCGGGUAAGUUUGGUAUGGCAAAGAAGUUACUUGCUGAGAUUCAGUCGGACGAAGUGGGGGUCGGCAUUUUUGCAUUAAACAACUUGUUGAAUAUGAUGGUUAAGCAAAAUAUGCUAGAAGAGGCAGUUAGCUUAUAUAAAGAGAAUUUAGGAUCAAACUUUUACCCGGAUAAUUGGACGUUUAAUAUUCUAAUUCGAGGCCUGUGCAGAGUUGGGAAGGUGGAUCAGGCUUUUGAAUUUUUUAAUGAUAUGAGGAGUUUUGGUUGUUUUCCUGAUAUUGUUACGUAUAACACAAUUAUAAAUGGGUUAUGUAGGGCAAAUGAGGUAGAUAGAGGUCACAAGUUUUUGAAUGAAAUUCAAUCAAGAGAUGAUUGUUCACCUGAUGUUGUGACUUAUACAUCAGUCAUAUCUGGUUAUUGCAAGUUGGGUAAGAUGGGGGAGGCCUCUGCUCUUUUUAAUGAGAUGAUUAGUUCUGGAAUCGUGCCUAGUGUUGUUACUUUUAAUGUUCUGAUUGAUGGUUUUGGCAAGGUUGGUGAUAUGCUAUCUGCUAAAUCCUUGUAUGAGAAGAUGGUUUCUUUUGGUUGCAUUGCUGAUGUUAUUACCUUCACUUCCUUGAUUGAUGGGUACUGUCGCAUUGGAGAUGUGAAUCAGAGUCUGCAGCUUUGGAAUGCAAUGAAAGUGAGAAAUGUAUCUCCAAAUGUUUAUACCUUUGCUAUUACUAUUAAUGCUUUAUGCAAGGAAAAUAGACUACAUGAGGCUUGUGAAUUUUUGAGGGAGUUGCAAUGUAGGAAUAUUGUUCCAAAACCGUUUAUCUUCAACCCUGUGAUUGAUGGGUUCUGCAAGGCUGGAAAUUUGGAUGAGGCCAAUCGGAUAGUAAUGCAGAUGGAGGAGAAGAAAUGUUACCCUGAUAAAGUGACAUAUACUAUUCUCAUUAUUGGGCACUGUAUGAAGGGAAGAAUGCUUGAAGCAAUUAGCAUUUUUGAUAAAAUGUUAUCAGUUGGUUGUACCCCAGAUAAUGUCACGAUACAUUCUCUGAUAUCAUGCCUUUUGAAGGCUGGGAUGCCUAAUGAAGUCUACCGUAUUACAACAAUAGCAUCACAGGAUAUGAGGUUGGCAGGUUCAUCAUCCUUGGAUAACAAUGCUCCUUUGAGGAUAAACAGAGAUGUUCCUGUGGCUGCUUAGGCAAAAAGCUCCCCAUCACUGAAUUUGGUGUCAUUCCGAGAUAUGGAGAAGUUUCUUUGUCAUAUCCAAUUAAGCAUAUCCAGCUUGAAGCACAAACAACCUUCCAUUCAGAUAGCGGAUAAGCAUUUUUCCUGGUAUUGGUGGAAACCUCAAUGGUAUUCUGUUGUUGCCUCUUACAUUACAUGAGGGUACUAUAGGAGAUUAAAAGCUGCAACAUCUUAAAUCUGAAUUUGGUAGGGGAACAUCACCAAUGGAUGUUUGGCUUCAAAUGCUGGAUGAUGCUAUAGAAAACAGACAUGAUGCUGAAUGAGUUGCAAAGUACCACGGAGAUUGGCCAUUUGCCCUUUCAGUUUAGUAUGGCAUUCCAUGUCAAAUGAAAUCUCCAAACACGAUAAUGUAAAAUCAAGCAAUUUCGUGUUUAGGGUAAGGAAAAGGAAUAAGAUAGAUCAAUUUCAUGUCUAGAUUUUAUUUUUUCAUUUCUUCUUGGCAGUUCAAUAUUGUUUGAUUUUUGGCCUCUCACAUUCUACAUGUUCCUCGCAAUGUUGAGUCUGUACAAAUCGUUAGAAAUUUUCAAAAAUGAAUGAAAUUUCUUCUUUUUGAUUUAUGUAAUUCAAAUUUAGGGACGAAAAAUUAAUAAAAAAAAUUUGCAAGUGCUAAGUAUGACUCUUAAUCUAGCUGGAUUCCAGCUCUUAAAGGAGAUGGCUGAAUCAUUUAGCUACAAAAAUGUCUUUUAGAAGGUAAAGGUCCCAAAGUUCUGGGAACCUGGUGGAGCGGG